GAGGGCAGUCAGCAAGCGACCCACGGAGGGUCACGCGCAAGCCAGCUUCACCAGCAUGUUCAUCAAGAUGUUGAAACGCAGAACGUACUCGCUCAUCAAAGACGAGUCGGCGGACAAAUUCAACAACGGCGUGAAGUUGACCAAAUACAAGGCGAUGAGCUACGUCCAUUCGGCGCCGGGCGGCGUGAAGACCGCUCCUGCACACCUCGGAAGGCCCGCUAUGCCACGACACGAAGGGGCGGUGUGCGGUCGCGUGGCUCCGGCAGAAGACGCUGGGGACCGGUUGGAGGCCACCACGUUGUCAACUCAACACCCAGAGGCCAGCGGCAGCAGCGUCGGCAACAUCGGCGGCAAUGGAGAGGCAGAAGCUUUAUCUGCCCAAUCAAUUGAAAACGCUGCGCUCGCCCAAGCUAUCGAGCUCCUCUUAGACCAAUGUGGGCCCCUCACCCAGGAGAUAGAGGUCCCAGAAGGUCCGCACCAGGUGUUCGAUAACCAUCGUCGUGAUCCAUCUCAAGAGGAAGUUGAGCAAAAAUGUAAUGGCAUGGAUCACCGGAUGAAAGCUGUGUGCUCAGAUGAUGUGGAAGUGAGUGUACCAGUGGUUACAUUGCAGUCCACGGACAGUUUAGAAGCACUGGUAGAAGAUGUCGGGGAUUUCACCGCUGCAGGAAAACCUGAAUCUGCAGGUUGUAAGAACGUACAACUGACGUUGAGUUGCCUAUCUGGCCAAACGCUGUGCUGUGUCAAAGACUGCGCUCAUAACGUCGACGCAUCUUCCUGCGCGGACACCGCCAGUCUCGAUGCCUUGCACGACUCGGACAGCGACCACUCCACACUGGAGUUGGGCGUGAGUCAAGAGAGGGAGCUGCCCGCCGCCAUACCCCAGGACGGCGUUCCGACAGCGUCUGGCAAGAAGGCGGUGGCCAGGCGACGCUUCUUCAGUGACACUCUCGUCGCAAGCGACGGGCACCGAGUCGGGACGACGAAUUCAACGGUGGACGCGGAGCGCGCGCGACGCGGCGGCACCGCAUGCCCCGGCAGCGGCGACAGCGUUGGCCAGUUUCACCCAGGCCUCCUGCCAGAAGACGACGAGGAAGAGGUGUUUUUGAAGCAUGAGCCCCGGCGCUCGGUCGCCUGCCCGCCAAACUCGUGCCAGGGGAAUUCGUCACCGGUGGAAGGAGGAGGACGGUCUUGGUUCGACGAGCAUCGGGCCCUUGACGAGACGGUGGAAAGCCAAGAGGACCGCCCAGUCAAGCCGUCCAGGCAGGCAUCGACUCGCCGAGUUACGGGUUUGGAUCACCUGGACCAGCUGUGCUGUCUCAUGGAGAAGAUGGGCCAUCAAAAGGAGGCCAACAAGAGGCUUCAGCAGGAGAUCCAGCAGCUUCAGACCGAGCUGCAGGCUCAGAAGCUCCAGCAGGAGGCCAUGAGAUCCCGCUGCACAUGCGGAGCGACCGUGUGGCAGAGGAAGGCAUGGGGCUCUGCAAUGCCUGGGCUUUCCUCGCCGGCCCGUCACUCCGUCCACCAGUCCACCGCGACUGUCGCUCGCGUGAGGGUCAACUCCGAGGCGGCCGGGUGGCCGACACGGGAGGCACUCGGAGGGCUGCACCGGCGAAUGGGCUCACUGAGGGAGGAGCGCACGAGGCUGACACGCGCGCUCACUCUGAGAUCCGACAAGCACGGCUAAGAUAGAGCCCCCCCCCACCCCACGCCUCCUACCGGUCUCCUGCCUGCACACAGGGGUGACGAGCACCUGCCGAGGAUCUCAACCGUGGAGUUGGUUUCUCUUUUGGGGGACCGAAGACGUCUACACGCAGCGGCGGUGCCACAGCGUCCCUCGACUCCAAGCGACAUUUGACGCGUCGCUCACAACCGCCCGUCCGCCCCCCUAAAAACAACCUCCGACGUGAAGUCGAUAUCAGGGGAAGGGGAGCGUAAAAGCCGGACUCAGCAGCAGCGGCGAUUGUCUCGCGUAUAGGUCCGCCUCCGUCGCGUAGCUGGGACGACUUUGUCAUGUUCAUGCUGAGCCGGUCACGGUGAAGUCUCAUCUCUGUGUGCGGCAGAUUGAGACGGGGGUGAAGGUUUCUCCUUUGUACGACGCGGCGUGGCCACGUGAUGUAUCGCGCGAUUGUACAACCGACAGGCGUGCGAUUUUUUUUCCACGUGCACGUUCACAGAAUGCGUGUUUGUGCUAUCAAAACGAAUGCUGCCUUUGAAACAAUUGCAAUUACGCGCGUUUGCGUGUUUGUUAAAACUGUGACUUUUCGCAACGACGUUGAUGAUGAAAUAUCCAUCAUAAGCUAACCUUAAUAAGCUUAGUCGCAAAGUUGACGUGAGCGAUUGGAUGGUGGUGGCAGUUGUCAUUGGUGGUGGUCCAGGGCCAUUGAUGUUAAUGAUAUCGUCCGAUGGCAAGAAUCAGUCUGAAUCGUAAAGGACAACCGAUGUUGAUGGUGCAGCCUUGUCGGAAGGUGCACAUUUUAUCCAGCACGGAGGGAUAAAAAGAAAAUUUAACUCGGGCUUGUAACUUGGAGAAAUACCCUCAACUGAGUGAGCUCGAACGUAGCUCAACAUAGCUAAGAUGUUUUUUUGUUCAUGUUUUUGUUUUUUGUUUGUUGCGGUUGCACCCGAUUCAAGAGCCGAAUGGCUCACAGGGCUAUACCUAAUAAAUGAACUUGAACUUGAGCUCAUUUCAAAGUGCUGUCCAAACGAGUAUUUGGCAUUGCUCAACUUCCUGCUAACAGCCUUGAAAGCUGGGUUGGGCAUUUCACAUUACCAUGCCAUCUAUAGGCCAACGACUGCCUUCACAGUGGUUCUCAUUUUUUUUUAUCAACUCCAAACGGGACCACAGGAUGUGCUGGGCUUCCCCCCACAGGGACUUGAAUUUGCAAUCGUCCGGUUGUGGGUUAAGCACUCUUAACUACCGUGUUAGUCGUAAUAACGUAUCGUAUCACAGACCACGUACGAUUUUACUACCAUUUGCUGUAUUCAAGAAUCAGCCACUGGUUGAUCAUUUUUUUUACGUUCCAAUUUGCACUAGGGAUUAACUUGGACAUUGUAACUUAACAAUUUAUGGGCAGCAAAUGCCCAUCAUUUUAUGUUGACGGCACUUGAACAUGUCCAUUUAUGACCAUGGGGUAUUGCAGUAUUGUUAUAUUUUAAAUGCACGGUACUGUAUUUUUGUUGUAAAUAAAGAACUCGGGCAAACGU